UAAGCAGGCAACAGGAGCAACAGUUUGUCUUUAGUUGAGUUGUGGGCAGAGAAUUCACCACACAUCUCAAUAACAGACCUCACCUUACCGCCUCCAGCACUCAUAGCCGUCCAGGCAGGCAGGAAAAGAGGACACCUACCCAGUCUCCAACACCAUUAAAGACAAGAUGUCAGGAUCACCACCAGAGGACUUGAAGUACAUGACCCCCUACCUGCAGCGGGCCCACGAGCUGCAGGCAAAAGAGCCCGUUGUCGCUUACUACUGCAAGUUCUACGCGCUGAAGCUCGCAAUCAGUAAAGGAGGGCAUUCGAAGGAGGCUCAGGGAUACCUGGGGCAGAUGCUGGAGGAAGUGGAGCAGGACAAGAAGAACCUAGCAGGAAACGAGGCCAUCACAAACGAUGUGGUGGGAUACGCGCACCUCGAGAACUUUGCGUUGAAGAUUUUCUUGAAUGCUGAUGCGGAGGAUCGGCAGGGGAGGGCUUCGAAAAAAACAGCAAAAGUGUUCCUCGCUGCGUCGAUAUUCUUGGAUUUGUUGAGGGUGUUUGGCGAGAUUGAUGCCGAGAUUGCGGAUAAGAUCCGAUACUCGAAGUUCAAAGCCGCCGACAUCAUAAAAGCCUUGCGAGAGGGCCGGACACCGACACCAGGCCUACCAGGGGAAGAGCUGCCGCCGGACGAAUCCGAAUCCGCUCCGCCCGGCGGUAAUGGCGAACCAGCUGGCUCCCUCCCCCAUCCAGACUUUGGAUCCCCGUACGAUCCUUCCUACGACCCAAACACCAUCCCCCGCGACAAUUUUGCCCCUCCGUCGGCACCGUCUUCGCAUUUCGAACCAAAUUCGUACCCACCCCCGCAAUCCCAAUCCGGUCCAUCGUACCCGCAAUACCCCGACGCCCCACCGCCAUCACAACAACCCUACAACCCUCCCCCCUCAUCCCCAAAGAAAACCGCCCAAACCUCCAUACCACCGUCGUCGACCUCAGCAAAAACAGCCCAACAAGCCUACGAAAUCAACUAUAAAGCGGUGCAAUCGGCGCAAAAGCACUCGAAAUUUGCGAUUAGCGCGUUGCAGUAUGAUGAUGUGGCAUCGGCGAUUGAGAAUUUGGAGAAGGCUUUGGCUAUUUUGAGGCCUUUGAGGAAGUGAGGAACGUGGGAGGGGUGGGAGGAGUGGGAGGUUGUGGACGAGUGUGUGGGAGGAGAACGCUGUUCGUUUUUUUCCCUUCUGUAUAUUAUUUUGUGCGAAAUACAGUACAUACUUGGUUACCGG